AAUCCAAGCAGACAGUGUCCACUGCAACACACGCACAAAUACUGUACAUUCACACCUACACCUCAUUCACUCAGUCACAGAGUAGCGGUCGUGCAGGAAGAUGCAGAAAUGUCUGACGGAGGUGUUGCCUAGGUGUGCAGGUUAUGAUGCUGAAAGUGCCAUCACUGUGAAGUAAUACUGCAAGCAAUUACAUCAAUGCCAGCAACACCAGGAAGGUAAAAUUAGGCGCAAUUAUGUCUAGAAGCAAGAGCUCUGAGUCUGUGAAGGUUGUUGUGCGGUGUCGCCCAAUGAAUGAAAAAGAGUGUGCUGCAAACUUUGAGAGGGUGGUGUCUGUAGAUGUAAAGCUAGGUCAGAUUGUAGUGCGUAAUCCAAGAAGUGGGUCCACUCAUGAACAUCCCAAAGUUUUUACUUUUGACUCGGUAUAUGACUGGAACUCAAAGCAGGUUGACCUCUAUGAUGAGACUUUCAGGCCACUGGUGGAGUCAGUGUUGUUGGGAUUCAAUGGCACCAUAUUUGCUUAUGGACAAACAGGUACAGGAAAAACAUAUACAAUGGAAGGAGUACGCAGUGACCCAGAAAAAAGAGGAGUCAUUCCCAACUCCUUCGAGCACAUUUUCACACAUAUCUCCCGAUCACAGAACCAGCAAUAUCUGGUCAGGGCAUCAUACCUGGAGAUUUACCAAGAGGAGGUCAGGGACCUGCUAGCCAAGGACCAGUCUCGUCGCCUGGAGCUGAAAGAGAGACCUGACACAGGUGUUUAUGUCAAAGACCUUUCUUCAUUUGUCACUAAAAGUGACCGGGAGAUUGAGCAUGUUAUGAAUGUAGGUAACCAAAACCGUUCAGUUGGCUCAACCAACAUGAAUGAGCAUAGUUCCCGUUCUCAUGCCAUAUUUGUCAUCACUAUUGAGUGUAGUGAGUUGGGUCUAGAUGGGGAGAACCACAUCCGUGUUGGAAAACUCAAUUUGGUUGACCUGGCAGGAAGUGAAAGGCAGGCAAAAACAGGUGCUCAAGGAGAAAGACUAAAGGAGGCCACCAAAAUCAACCUCUCCCUGUCUGCUUUGGGUAAUGUCAUUUCUGCAUUAGUGGAUGGCAAAAGCUCCCACAUUCCGUACAGAGAUUCCAAGCUCACGCGUCUGCUACAGGACUCGCUGGGAGGCAAUGCCCGCACUGUCAUGGUGGCUAACAUUGGACCAGCCUCAUACAAUGUAGAGGAGACUCUAACUACGCUACGCUACUCAAACCGUGCUAAAAACAUCAAAAACAAACCCCGCAUCAACGAAGACCCCAAGGACGCCCUUCUAAGGGAGUUUCAGGAGGAAAUCGCUCGUCUGAAGCAGCAGUUGGAGAAACGAUCAGGGAAAAAGAAGAAGAAUAAGCAGAAGAGGAGACUUGGGGAGGGAGGAGAGGAACUGGAUGAUGAUGUGAAAGAUGACGAUGAUGAGGAUGAUGAUGAGGAGGAGGAAGGGGCGGGUGGGGAUAAGAACAUAGAUGAUUAUUGGCGGGAGCAGCAGGAAAACCUAGAAAAGGAGAAGAAAGCCAUUAUGGAGGACCAUAGUCUGGUGGCAGAGGAGAAACAGCGACUGCUGUUGGAGAAGGAGAAGAAGAUGAAUGAUCUCCAUCGGGAAAAGGAGGCAUCUGAGAUGCUUGCAGCCAAAGUCAAGGCUAUGGAAAGCAAGCUGUUGGUUGGAGGGAAAAACAUUGUUGACCACACUAAUGAGCAGCAGAGAAUUCUGGAUCAGAAAAGGCAGGAAAUUGCAGAACAGAAAAGGCGUGAACGGGAGAUGCAACAAGAGGUGGAGUGUCGCGAUGAAGAGACUCUUGAGCUGAAGGAGACAUACAGCUCGCUGCAACAGGAAGUUGAUAUAAAGACCAAGAAACUAAAAAAGCUCUUCGCAAAGCUACAAGCUGUGAAGGCAGAGAUCCAUGAUGUCCAGGAGGAACAUAUUAAAGAGAGACAAGAGUUGGAGCAGACACAGAACGAAUUAACCAGAGAACUCAAACUGAAGCAUUUGAUCAUCGAAAAUUUCAUUCCGUUGGAGGAGAAGAAUAAGAUUAUUUCGAGGGCGACCUUCGAUGAGGAGGAUGACACCUGGAAAAUGAAACCCAUUACCCGUGUUCAAGAUGACCAGCAGAUGAUGAGAAGACCAGUGUCUGCAGUCGGGUACAGGAGACCGCUGAGUCAACAUGCAUGCAUGGCCAUGAUGAUGCGCCCUGAACCCAGAUAUAGGGCUGAGAAUAUCCUGAUGCUGGAACUUGACUUGCCCACACGCACCACUAAAGAGUACGAGGAACCCAUGAUUGCGCCAAAGGUGGCAGCUGCUUUAGAACAUGCAUUGAGGGAGGAGGAUGACAUUCAAGUAGAUGCUUCGACCUUGGGCCAAGCUGGAUUCAUCAAGAAACCAAAAACAAGCCGUCUCAAAACAGGAAAGAAAGUGAACACCCCCAUGUCAGCUCACAGCCUCUCCAGCUCAGGACCCCCACUCUACCCCCAGUCUCGUGGCCUUGUGCCCAAGUAACCCCUCUAAAUACUCAUUCUUUCUCCAGAUCCUUCUAGACUGACUAGAAUGUGUUUUUUGCUUAUAGUCUGAAAUGAUAUGCUGAAGGUUGUUGUUAAUAAAAUCUCCAGGUUAUAAAAUAUACCCCUAAAUGUAUACAUUAUUGGGUAAGCAGACCAAGAUUUCCUCUCCUCACUCUCCGUUUUUUUUUUUUUUUUGUUUGUUUGUUUUGUUUGUUUUUUGUUUUCCAGUCCCACCCCUUGAAACAUUUUUAGUACUACUUUAAUGCUCCGGUUCUGCUGCUGACUGGUUUUAAACAUGUGCAAUUAUAAAUGGGAUUAAAUAAUAAUAUAAAAAGGCCCAUGAGCUUUCCUGAAAAGGAUAAGCGAGCAGACUUUGACAUUUAUAUUCAGAGGCAUGUUGCUAUCUUAUUCAGAACAUAAAAAUUGUUUUUAGCAUCUAGUCUUGCUGAUAACCGAUGCAUCCUCUUACUGUACUUGUAGUGCAGUGACAGUAAUUUGGACCACGGUUGGCAAGGAUUCAUUGCAUGUACAUGUUAGGUUCUAUCUAGCUAAUUAUGAAAUUUUUUUUUAUUAUUGUAGAUUUAACAAAUUGAAAGGCUCACUUGAGAAUUACACUGGGUGUGCGGAAGCGUUCCAUCAGUUUGCCUCCAAAUAUGCACCGUAGUGUUAUUUGCUGAGUGAGAGAGCAGACUAGAUUCCAGAUCUGGUUUCCAGCAUCCAUCCUUCCUUUCCUUUUAGCACUAGGAACCAUAGCUGUGAGGAGAGGAGGGGUCAGUGAGUAGGUCUGGAUUGGACUGACGUUAAUUAGAGUUGUAAUGCUGUUCUGUUCGAGUCGCCCAAGUUGGAAGGACUGGAGUGGGGAAGUUACCAGGUCAACACAUACUGAAUAAUCAGGGUUCCAAGGUGCCUUACCUUCCCUUUUUAUACAGAAGACAAAAGAAGACAUUUAGUCAAUCAUUUGGUCAGACUUUCCCUUGGAAUAAGCAGAAAGCUUUAAAUUCAAUUUAAAUUUAAGCACCCAUGCGGUGACUAAGGAGUGUAUGUUUGCACCAUCACAGUUGUUUUGGAAUAUCACUGUGCGUUUCCUUUCAGAGCAUCUGGAGAUGGUCAGUUCCUGUUACUUCACCCUUUAAAAAACACUGUUAAUAGAACAGUUAUUUGAAACAAAUAACAAAUUUUUCUGCUUUUGCAGGCAGCAUCCACAUAGCACUCUCUGAUAAAUGUGAUUUUGGGAGAAUCUUUAAACAUGACUUGUUUUAGUAACACUAAAAAACUGUAAUAUGCUCCUUUUCCCCAACCUCUGCCCUACCACUAAGGGUGACACAAUUGCUUGCUGCUACUGUAGGGUUUCAUUAAACCCGUGUACGGAGUGUAUGUUUGUGUAUGUAGAAAUGUCAGUAAAUAAUUCUCUUCUGUACUGUUAAAAUAAAAUGAUUAAUAGUCAUAUAGCAACAUUUACAAUGCUAACUUAUCGUACUGAACCUGUCUUUUAUAUUCAACUGUUACCUUUUGUGUUCAUGAGCAUAGAAUGUAUUUUUUUUUUCAUUUGUAUUAUUUAAUGUUGUGUACAAAUAUAUUUUUGCAUUAAUGAUUUUUAAGAGACUAUUUCAUGUUAACUUGUUCCUGUGACUUCUUCAGAAUUAAGUUCAAAUCUUAACGUGUGACAGUGUUUAGUUUCUCAAAGCUGUGUUUGUGUUGUUACCUUGAUUUAAAAAAAUCAACACGUCAGGCAUUUUGUUUAAAUCAUGUAGAAAAUAAAAAUGUUUUUUUAAAAAAAGCACUAAUGAAAAUGCACACCCUCUAUGUAAUGGUUGUUGAAUUCAUUCAUAUAAACCAAUACUUAAACCAGAA